AUGAACUCCAUAAAACAAGACAUUUAUUUUAAUUAGACAGAUAAUGCUCCUUUUUGGAUUGAAACUCCUUAAAGCAAUAUAAUUGUAUAACAAGAAGAUUUCUUUAUAGUUUUAAGAAAAAAUAAUCUUAAAAUGAAGAAACUAAAAAUUGCUGAGCAUUUAAUAAUAUAUUCAAAAACAGUAACAUUUUUCUCAUAUUUAGAAAUCCAUUAAUUGUUUAAAUUGUCAACUUGAAAAAGUUAAAAAUUCUUUAGUUAUUUAAUAAGGUUUAAAAAUUAGCAAAUAAGGAAAAUACCUAGAAAUAUUUGGUGAUAUAGAUUAAUUAUUUGAACAUUUAAAGAAAUACUGCUUGUAAAUAAAUUUUUUAUAGAUUUAUAAAUUGUGUUCUGUUCUUGUGGAAAAAGAAAAGAAGAAAGUUUUUAUUAUAUAUAAAAUAUUUAGAUUUAUAAGAUUCGACAUAGAGUAACUAAUGAAGAAAAAAUAGCAAAAGUUUAUGAAUUUGAUGGAAGAAAUAUCUAAAUAAUAAAGAAAGAAAUUUAGAUUCUUAGAUUAUUAAAGCAUAAAAAUAUUGUUCAAAUGGAAGAAUUAUUUAAAAUAGAUAAUAGCCUUAUUUUAGUUUUUGAUAAUCUUGAAGGAGGUGAAUUAGCUGAAAAUUUAUUAAAAAAUCAAUAUUCUGAAGAGAUCAUUAGAAUAAUAAUUAAACAAAUAUUAUAAGGCAUAGCUUAUUUACAUGAUUUGGGUAUAUUUCAUAGAGAUUUAAAACCUGAAAACAUUUUAUUUAAAAAUAAAGAAUAAUUAGAAUAAUUAUAAAUAAUUGAUUUUGCUCUUGCAGACUUUUAGAGUAAUGAACAUAAAUAUUUAUUUACUCGAUGUGGUACUCCAGGAUAUGUGGCUCCAGAAAUACUUUAAGAUAAGAGAUAUUCAUUGAAUGUAGAUAUAUUUAGUGUUGGUGUUAUCCUAUAUAUGUUAUUGACUCAAAAGAAUCCAUUUAUAAAAGAAAAAAUAAAUUAUGAUCAAAUAGUUACUGCUAAUUAUGAUGGUCAAAUAGAUUUUUCUGAAAUCAAAUGCUCUAUAGAAUGCCUUGAUUUAUUAAAGAAAUGUCUUAAAGUUGAUCCACAUAAAAGAAUUUCAGCAAAAGAUGCUUUAAAUCAUCCUUUUAUAUUAGGAAUUUUAUCAACUGAGUAGAGUUAAUUUAGAAUAAAAACUUUAGGUCAUCUUUAAAAAUAAUCAUCGAAUGGAUCUCUUAGAAAAAUCAUUCAUAUAGGUAGUAUAGAUAGUCCAAGAUAUUCUUAAAAAUAGACUAUAAAAUCACUUCAUUCAGAAAGUCCUAUUGAUACUACUUCAGAUAGUCCUGGUACACCUAAAUCAGCUAGAACUGAAAAUAGAACUUUAAAUUUUAAAUUGUAAAAAUAGCAACAAUGGAAUUCUUUUCGUGUUUCAAAAUUUAAAAAAUGA